AUGAAAAUUAUUGUAAUUCUUUCAAUAUUAGUGCUUUACAAUUUGGAAAAAAUUGUGCCAUCAUUUUCUAUGAAAGAGAAUGAUGAUAACGAUCAUGAUCAUAAUACAGUUGACGUGUGUAUUCCACUUGUUGAUCAAUCUCGACCUUCCACAGUCCGUACACCUUUAUUCAAAUCAAUUUCUUACAUUCCCGAUAUCGUUACUGUGAAAAGUGUGAACGGAAAAUUGGAAUACGAAGUGGGAGAUCUUUUGCUAUGUGAAAAAACUUCAGAUUCCAACAUAAUUGCAUUAGUUCCCCUUGCUAAUCUAAGAGAUUGUAGGAUAAGAGGAGCAAAUGUUGGAUUUGAUUCUAUAGGUAACAAUGAAACGGAAAUUGAAAGAAUUAUAAGGUCGGAAAUUGAUGAUGAAGAUGAUGAAACUGAACCUAAGGCAUUAUCAACUUCUAAAAAAAUUCCAUUGCCUUACAUACACCAUAUUAAAUCUUUGUUAGACAAGGCUGCACCUUUGGAUGAUAAUAGCACUUCAUCAUCAUCCAAAGGAACAGGUUUGAGUGGAGAAAGUUUUGUCUCUAGACAAAACUAUGUAAAUAUUAUGCCAUUGUCAAUAUUUCUACCAGCAAUAUCAGAUCAAUAUUCUGAUACUUCUAUUAUGUAUGUAACUGUAAGUGCGCCGGCAUUGAUUCAAGUUUAUUUGGAUUCAUUCUAUAAUAUGGAGUGCUCUUGGUAUAUUCAUAGUGUAUUGCAACAGGAAAUUGACGGCGGUAGCAUGAUUGAUAUAACUUGGGGAUUGCCUUAUGUUAAAAGGGUUAAAAAAUGUAUCGUUGUAAGUGAUCCCAUAGUUUCAUUGUAUAAGAGGCCCAAAACAUCAUUUUGGAGAUGGUUCAGGAGCGAAAACUCUACAAUUGUUACUUCUAGUAAUAUACACAUUGUGAAUACUGGGAAAUUUAUAGUUACUUAUAAUCACAGGUGUAAUACAUUCGCCAAACCAAGUAAUGUGAUUAGAACGGUAAAUAUUGAAGCUUUUGAUGUACCUACAAGUGAAUCUAGUACAUCCUAA